AUGGGUUUCAUCGAAAGCUUGGCGCUUUUUGUCAGUGGAUGUAUACAUGGAGAGGAUGACGAAUCACGAAUGUGUCGUCGAACUAUCGUGCGAAAUGCCUGUUUGGCGCAAUGUUUGGUACUUCGAGAUAUCAGUGUACGCAUUCAGAAGCGCUUUCCUACAAUGAAUAGUUUAGUAGAAGCUGGAUUUAUGACGAAGAAUGAGCUAGAGAAAUUCGAAAGCUUAGAAAUAUCAUACGAUAAAUAUUGGCUGCCAAUAACUUGGUCAGUGACACACGUAUUGAACGCUAGAAGAAGUGGUAAAGUGAUAAAUGACUUAGAAACGAGCAAGCUUAUCGAUGAACUGAAAGCUUUCAGAGAAUGUCUACAGACACUAACAAAUUACGAUUGGGUACCACUACCUUUAGUCUAUCCACAGGUGAUAACCAUAUCUGUCUACUUCUACUUUAUUGUAUGCCUCUUUGCAAGACAAAAUUUCCGAGCAGCUGUUGUUAGGACCGAUCUCGAAUUUCACUUUGAUAUGGUAUUGCCCGUGAUGACAAUGGUCGAAUUUUUAUUCUAUGUAGGAUGGAUGAAAGUAGCAAUGAAUUUACUCAAUUCAUUCGGUGAAGAUGAUGAUGAUUUGGAGUACUGGUUUAUGUAUCGUCGAUAUAUGUCACAACGUUGUGCCGAACUUACGCACAUCAUCGCGUUAUGGGUUUUCGGGACCCUUUGUAAAGUUGUGACUCAAUUUGUUUAA